CUCUUUGGUAAAACAUUAACUCUUACAAAGGGUUUCCUGUUGUUGCCGAAGAUAUUUGUCCGUGUAGGUGGCCACAAUGCAGUGAAUGCAUUCAGGUUGUCAAUACCACACCUACAAAGAAUACCUAUGACACGGUACAAGCUUUGGCUCCACUGAUUCAAAGUGAAAAUGGGAAGUGUCGUCGCCGUUCCUCUAGUUUCCGGGUGAGUCGGGUGCACUCAAACGAGUUUACAUUCACACACUAGUAUCUAUAGGCCCCACGCACGCGCGGCUUGACGCCAGUUUCGGAUCACGUAGUGGUGACUGCCAGUGGAAAAGAAAAUUUCAUUACUCACACACUAGUUUCUGCAGUUUUCCAACUCUGUAAAAGUGGUUUUCCUGUGUCCUCAGGGAUAAGUAUAAAAAGGUAAGCGACACAAGUAUCUGCAUUUCCAGUAAAACUUGGGUAAAGCGUCUUUUGGUGAAUCGGUGCCUGCUGCUGACACUUAACAAUAUGAAGCUGAUUGUUUUUUGCCUUUUCACAAUCUACUGUUGCUCUUUGGUCAAAGCAUCUCCCAUGGAGCGCAAAAAACUACAAGAAGUCCUUAGAGAGCUGAAAAUGCUCAAACGCGACUUUCCGAACACAGAACUCAUGAUGAAUACUCCACCAAAGGAUAUUGAGGACUGCUGUUGUCUGACAGCCUUAACUUGCUUUCGGGAGACUCUGCUUCAACAUUUUGGCAUAAGUGGAAAAUAUCAGAAAAAACUUUACAAGAGUCUUAAUCAUACCCUUACUAUCAGUGGACUGAACUUUUGUAACACAGAAACUUCUACGACCAACUGCUCAACCUGCCACUCACAUCCUAAGGAAAAAGCAUCAGAGUUUUUCAACAGACUGGAGUCUCUGGUUCAAAGGGGUCUAAGCAGAAUCAACUGAGAUGAGCUGAAGAUCCAUUAGCAACUUUAGAGAAGACACUACUUUGUAAAGGGCCAAGCACGUCGAAGAUUGCGUCUUACAGCCUGAUAAAUAUUUAACUUAUUUAUUAUUUAUUUAUAUUGAAGUGGUUAACUCACUCAAGCUAUCAGGAAAGCUGCUCUGCUGCCACCUUGUGGACUUCGUACCCUCAGUCAGUGAGAGGGAAAAUUAAUUUAUUCAUUCAUUUUGUAGUUCUCAAAGAAUAGUUUAAUAAUGACAUUUAUACUGUGUAUGAAUUUCCUUAGUACAUAAAUUAUUUUGUAAAACAACUGUACCAUCUGAAAAUAUCAAAUUAAUUACCAUAUAUUAUUUGAUGUGCCUAGUUUAUAUGAAGGACAGAUUCUCUGCUUGUAGCAGGAACUGAAAGACAAGUGUUCUAUUUUUUUUUUAUUUUUUAGCAAAUGGGCAUUUUUUUCAUUCUGGCAGUAGUCCAUUGUAUAGUUAACAAGUCGUAACUUUCUCUUGUCAACUUCAUAUAAAAGGCAGGUUGAUAUUAAUAAAGACAGUGUCUAACUGUGCUAUCAAACUGUAUUUAUGAUAUAGUUUAUAUGUUUAGAUAUUUAUUGUUUAAAUGUUUGAUACCAAUUACAAGUUUUUAGAAUUACUUUUUUAUACGUGCUGGACUAACUGAGAAAAAUAAAUAUAAAUGAAAUUCACAGAAA